AUGGUGCGGGUAAUUCUUGCUCUGAUUGUGCUUUCGCAGACUGUAAUUGCAGCUAGCCCCCGGGGCAGAGGGAAGACGUUUAAUCCGUUGGAAUGGGUUGGUGCGAAUAGUCCAUGGUUUCCAGGACCGGAUGUGUUUGGUAUAUCACAAGAGAUUCCUCAGGGUUGCGAAGUUGAUCAGGCGGUCUACGUGAUCCGUCACGGGAGUCGUUACCCAGAUCCCGGUGCCUAUAAAGAAUGGCAGACUCUCUAUGCAAAGCUCCAAUCCUCAACCUUCACCGCCUCUACACCCCUCACCUUCCUCCCCACCUGGAGUCCGCCAGCCCUCUCCAGCUCCCAGAUCGCCCAAGUCUCCACAACCGGCUACCAAGAGCUGCACACACUCGGCACCACCCUCCGCUUCCGCUACCCCUCCUUCUACACCUACAACACCCCCUUCACCCUCUGGGCCAACAACUACCCCCGCACCAUCGACUCCGCGCGCCUCUUCUCCCAGGGCUAUAUCGGCCCCAAUGCAACCUCCCUCGUCGACAUCCUCGUCGUCAAUGCCUCUGAUCCCGCUGCCGUGGCCAACUCACUCGCGCCCUCGGAUCUCUGCCUGGCGUACAGCGACGACUCGUCGGUGCAGACGGCGGCGUGGGAUAAGGUGUACCUACCAUCCGUAACGAAGAGGCUGCAGAAGCUGAUCAAGGGGAACCUGACGCUGGCGGACGCGGACGUGGGGAUAUUCCCGUACCUGUGCGGCUUUGAGACGCAGAUCUUGGGGAGGGAAAGUGCGUUUUGUAGCACAUUUGAGGAGAAGGAGUUCAAAGCAUAUGAGUACCGUCAAGAUCUGAGGUACUGGUACGGCACUGGUCCUGGGUCCGGGUUGGAGUCGACGAUGAUGCUGCCGCUCCUCAGCUCCAUCAUGGAUGUGCUACAGCAGGGGCCGAAUAGGACAUACACCACCCACACGGGUAGUAGCUUCAAGCCACCGCCGUUGGUGGUUGCGUUUACACACGAUAACCAGAUCAACCAGCUUGCCUCUGCCACCGGUGUGUUCGAUAGCCAAAGGAAUUUGACGACUGAUAAAAUUGAUGAGUCGAGGAUCUUUAUCAGUAGUAGGAUAAACCCGAUGCGUGGUACUGUAGCGUUUGAGCGCCUAUCCUGCUCUGCAUCUUCCUCCAGUAAGAAGAACAGUUAUGUCCGGAUCCGUCUCAACGACGCUGUAUACCCUGUGUCAUCGUGCCAAUCCGGCCCUGGAAGAUCGUGCCCGCUGGAUCAAUAUGUCAAACUCGUCCAAGCAAAGAACGCCAAAGCAGGGGACUUUGUAGAGACCUGCGGCAUUCAGAAUGUCACCGGGACGGCAGAAACUACGUUUUUCAUGGAUGAUAAGCUUGAGUGGGUUAGGGUUGUGAAACCGUAG